GCGGGUCACGGCGGCGCGGGGCUGACGGCCGGCCAGGCGGGGGAGGCGGCCGCGGAGACCGCAGCGUGGGUGCCGGGAGGCGGGCGGUCGCGGAGAUGGGAGACCCAGGGUCUGAGAUAAUAGAAUGUAUCCCUCCAGCUGGGCCUGAGGCGUCCGAAUCAACCGUGGAGGAAAACGAAGAUGACAUCCAGUUUGUGAGUGAAGGACCGUUGAGACCUGUUCUAGAAUACAUUGACCUGGUCAGCAGUGAUGAUGAUGAGCCCAGCACCUCUCAACGUGAGGAUAAGCAUAAAGACCAUAUUGACCAUCAGAAGGAUAAAGUCGCCUUGACUCUGGCACGCCUAGCCCGCCAUGUUGAAGUGGAGAAACAGCAGAAAGAAGAAAAGAAUAGGGCAUUCAGGGAAAAAAUCGAUUUUCAGCAUGCUCAUGGGUUACAAGAAUUGGAAUUUAUUCGAGGACAUUCUGAUACAGAAGCAGCCAGACUGUGUGUGGACCAGUGGUUAAAAAUGCCAGGACUCAAAACAGGCACAAUUAAUUCUGGAACAAAAGGUUCAUUCCGAAGAGGAAGCCAGAUUCGAGCAUCUGGGAAACCAAUUUCAUGUCCCAUAAUGCACUGUAACAAGGAAUUUGAUAACGGGCACCUUCUCUUAGGACAUUUGAAAAGGUUCGACCACUCUCCGUGUGAUCCAACAAUUACACUGCAUGGACCUUUCGUCAGCUCCUUUGCUUGUGUAGUAUGUUAUAAAAAUUUUGUUACUCAGCAACAGUAUAGGGAUCACCUUUUUGCUAAGGAAGCUGCAGAUGAUGGACAUAAAAACAACCUUCUUCCUCAGAUUAUUCAGUGUUUUGCGUGUCCAAAUUGCUUCCUCCUUUUUAGCAGCAAGGAUGAGUGUUUGAAGCACAUGUCUGGAAAGAAUCAUUUCCAUCAGAGUUUUAAACUGGGUGAUGACAAGGCAGUGGCACAGCCAAUAUCAUUUCCAUCUUUUGCAAAGAAACUUUUGAUCUCUCUGUGCAAAGAUGUUCCAUUUCAAGUUAAGUGUGUGGCCUGCCACCAGACCCUACGUUCCCACAUGGAGCUUACUGCCCAUUUCAGAGUUCGUUGUCGAAAUGCUGGUCCUGUAGCUCUAGCUGAGAAGAGCAUUGCUCAGGUGGCAGAGAAAUUCCUCCUGAGAGGUUACUGUCUACAUUGCAACCAUGUCUUUGUGGAUGAAACCAGUACCUGGAAUCACAAGCAGAAUUCAGGACACAAAGUCCGACUCAUUAACUCAAUGGAAGAAUCAAUCUUACUUUAUUGCCACAGCAGUGAAGGGAACAAACCUCCUUCUGACUUGGACCUGUUGCAAGAUGAGUCAAAAUUUUCAUCACUGAAAAGAAAUAUGUCCUCUCAAGAAUCUAGCUCACAGGAUUGUAGCACUGUUCCAAAAAAGAAGAUGAAUUUAGGAGUUAAAAGCCUUGGGGGUGUGGUUUGUUUUCAGAAGGAAAAGUCACUUGUUAAAACCUGGUUUUGUGAAUGCCAUCAACGCUUCCCCAGUGAAGAUGCAGUAGAAAAGCAUGUUUUCUCAGCAAACACAAUGUGUUACAAGUGUGUGGUCUGUGGGAAGGUGUGUGAAGAUUUGGGAGUCAUCCGUUUACACAUGAGCCGCAUUCAUGGAGGGGCACAUUUAAAUAACUUUCUUUUCUGGUGUCGGACAUGCAAAAAGGAGUUGAGGAGGAAAGAGGCUAUAAUGGCCCAUGUGACUGAGUUUCACAGCGGACACAGGUAUUUUUAUGAGACGAGUGAGGUGGCAGGUGACACUUUGCCAUCAUCCUCUACAGCGCUGGUGAGUGAUCUGACUGCUGAGAAUCCUUCAGCUAUUACUAUUGUUGAUCACUCCCCAGCCAACAGUCCUCUGAGGGGUAAAUGGCAAUGCCGAAUUUGUGAAGAUAUGUUUGACUCCCAAGAAUGCGUAAAGCAACACUGCAUGUCUUUAACAAGUCACCAGUUUCACAGGUACAGCUGCACCCGUUGCAAAAAGACUUUUCACAAGAUGGAAACACUGCAACGACAUUGCCAGGAUGAGCACGACAGUGAGGUGAAGAUGAAGUACUUCUGCGGGCUUUGCGAUCUGAGUUUUAAAGUGGAAGAUGCAUUUUUGACUCAUUAUAAGGAGCACCACAGUACAGACUAUGUAUUUGUGUCAGAAAAAAGGGAACCUUCCAUUAAAACGGAGAGUGAUUUUCCCGUAGUAGAGACGGGUAAUCUGCUGACCUGUGGCUGCCGCGAGAGCUACCUCUGCAAAGUCAACAGGCGGGAGGACCACGGCCGCUGUCUGCAGACCCUGCUGGGCCAGGGCCGCCUGUGGUUCCGCUGCGGCAUUUGCUCAGCCACAACUCAGAGCCUCGGUGACCUGCACACGCACGUGCGCCAGGCGCACGCGGACCUGGAGGCCCCGCCGCGGGGCCUCAUCAAGUGCGGCACGUGCACCAAGGCCUUCCAGGACCCCGAGAGCGCGCAGCAGCACUUCCACAGGAAGCACUGCUCGCUGCGGGGGCCGGUGGGAGCCCGCCUUUCGGCAGAGCCCAAGAGCCCACCACCCGCCCGGGCAGAGAGAAAGCCCAGACAGACCGCAGGCGGGCUGCAGACUGCAGAACCGGAGAGAGCCACAGAGACGGAGCUCAGCGGCCAGAGCGCAGAUGAAGAGCUUGUUGAGCUCCCAGACUUGGAUUACCUGCGAACUAUGACUCACAUAGUCUUUGUUGACUUCGAUAACUGGUCCAACUUUUUUGGUCACCUACCAGGGCAUCUUAACCAAGGAACAUUUAUUUGGGGCUUUCAAGGGGGAAACACCAACUGGAAGCCCCCGGCCCACUGUAAGGUCUACAACUACCUGAACCGCAUCGGCUGCUUCUUCCUGCAUCCUCGCUGCAGCAAGAGAAAAGAUGCUGCCGACUUUGCCAUAUGUAUGCAUGCUGGCCGUCUAGAUGAACAGCUGCCCAAGCAGAUUCCUUUCACCAUCCUCUCAGGAGAUCAAGGUUUUCUGGAGCUAGAGAAUCAGUUUAAGAAGACUCAGAGGCCAGCACAUAUACUCAACCCUCACCACUUAGAGGGAGAUAUGAUGUGUGCCUUGUUAAAUAGCAUAUCUGACACCACCAAAGAAUGUGACAGUGAUGAUAACCUGGGUAUAAAAAGUGCUUCAGUGGGAGAAGAAUUCAGAUCCGCAGAAGGUAGUUAACUUGCUGGACUCGGACACCAAACUCUCUCUCCGCCACAAGCAGCAGUCACUUGCUUCUUUUAGCUUUCUGACUGCUGUUGCUCACCGAGAAUCUUGGUUCCUCUCUCGUGUAUGCAGAGUUCAGAAGUCAGCCAAGGAUUUGUAGAUUCGGAGGAUCCUUUUCUGUUGCUUUCUCAUUUCUGCUGGGAUCUCUUUCUGCUGUUCCUACCCUCCUGCCGCCAGCUCCCCUUCGCACCCUCUGUUAUCUAUCUGACUCAGUUUGCAUCUAGUUUCACAGGGAUGUAGGCAAAUGAGAAACAAAGUGUAAAGCUGCAUAUUUAGCCCUGUGUAAUUCAUUUAUUUCAAUAAUUAACUUCUGUCCUGUUUCUGCCUGAUUUUUGUUGUUCCUUAGUGCCUUAAAAUAGUUUAUAAUUGUUAUCUAGGAGAGAACUAAUCCAGUAUAAGCUGCUGCUGCUGCUAAGUCGCUUCAGUCGUGUCCGACUCUGUGCAACCCCAUAGACGGCAGCCCACCAGGCUCCCCCAUCCCUGGGAUUCUCCAGGCAAGAACACUGGAGUGGGUUGCCAUUUCCUCUCCAGUGCAUGAAAGUGAAAAGUGAAAGUGAAGUCGCUCAGUCGUGUCCCACUCUUAGCGACCCCAUAGAUGGCAGCCAACCAGGCUCCUCCGUCCAUGGGAUUUUCCAGGCAAGAGUACUGGAGUGGGGUGCCAUUGCCUUCUCCCCAAUAUAAGCUACUCUAUUGUUACUGGAAGUGGAACCAUUUAGUUGCUUUCGUUUUUAUCCAUUUUAGCUGGCAAGUUUAAUUCCCGUAAGUUCACUGUAGAUAUUGUUUUUGUGUUUAUUUCUGCUAUUUCACUCUUAGCUUCCUCUUUUUGUUUUUUCAAGUUGGUGUGUAUGCUGUGUAUUUGUUUCUGUUCUUUCUGUGGUUAC